AUGAUUGAUUAUCUUGGCAUCUUAGCUAUUAUCUUUUUUUACCUUCUCAUUUUGAUUGUCGGAAUAUGGGCUGGUAAAAAAAGUGAUAAUCAAAAAGAAGGAGAACAAACUGAAGAAGUUAUGCUUGCAGGAAGAAAUAUUGGAACAUUAGUUGGAAUUUUUACAAUGACAGCUACAUGGGUUGGAGGUGCUUAUAUUAAUGGAACAGCUGAAGCUUUGUAUAAUGGAGGUUUAUUGGGAUGUCAGGCACCAGUUGGUUAUGCAUUAUCACUCGUUCUUGGGGGUGUAUUAUUUGCCAAAAAAAUGAGAAACGAAGGUUAUGUUACUAUGUUAGAUCCUUUUCAGAUAAAAUAUGGUCAACGUGUUGGUGGAUUAAUGUUCAUUCCAGCUCUUCUAGGAGAAGUUUUUUGGUCAGCUGCAAUACUUUCAGCAUUAGGAGCUACAUUAUCAGUAAUAUUACAAAUAGAUAUUAAUAUAUCUGUAAUCCUUUCUGCUCUUAUUGCUGUUUUUUAUACAUUCACUGGAGGAUUGUAUGCUGUUGCAUAUACUGAUGUUGUACAAUUGUUUUGUAUAUUUGUUGGUCUUUGGGUUUGUAUCCCAGCAGCACUUUUACAAGAAAAGACAUCAGAUAUUUCAAGAAAUGUUAGUGACUGGGUUGGUAGUAUUGGUGGUUUUCGUGAAACGUCAAAUUGGAUUGAUUGCAUGUUACUUUUAAUAUUUGGUGGUAUACCAUGGCAAGUAUAUUUUCAAAGAGUUUUAUCAUCAAAAACAUCACAAGGUGCACAAACAUUAAGUUUUAUUGCUGGAGUUGGUUGUAUUAUUAUGGCAAUACCACCAGCUUUAAUUGGUGCAAUUGCUAGAAAUACUGAUUGGAGAUUAACAGAUUAUUCACCAUGGAAUAAUGGUACAAAAGUUCAAAGUAUACCACCCGAUCAAACAAAUAUGGUUGUUCCAUUAGUUUUUCAAUAUCUAACACCUAAAUGGGUUUCAUUUAUUGGAUUAGGAGCUGUUUCAGCAGCAGUAAUGUCAUCUGCUGAUAGUUCAGUUUUAUCUGCAGCAUCUAUGUUUGCUCAUAACAUAUGGAAACUAACAAUUAGACCACAUGCUAGUGAAAAGGAAGUUAUUAUUGUGAUGAGAUUUGCCAUAAUUUUAGUUGGAAUUUUAGCAACAAUAAUGGCAUUGACAAUACAAACAAUUUAUGGCCUUUGGUAUUUAUGUGCUGAUUUGGUUUAUGUAAUCUUAUUUCCCCAAUUAUUAUGUGUUGUCUAUUUUGAAAAAUCAAACACAUAUGGAAGUUUAUGUGCUUAUAUUGUUGGUCUUGUUAUUCGGUUAUCUGGUGGGGAACCACUAGUUCACCUUCCACCUUCUAUUCAUUUCCCAAUGUAUGAUAUAGAAAGUGGUAUACAAUAUUUUCCAUUUAGAACAGUUGCAAUGUUAGCAUCAUUAUCAACAUGUAUUGGAAUUUCACUUUAUAGUAGAUAUUUAUUUACAUCAGGAAAAUUAUCACCAGAAAUGGAUUUUCUUAAUUGUGUAGUUAAUAUUCCUGCCGAAAGAAUAAGAUUACCAACUGAUACAAGUUUUAAUAUUAGUUGUGAAACACUAGCUUUGCAAAAAUUAAAUGGAUCGCAAAAUGGUGCAACUGCAACACAGAUACCAAAUAUACGAAAUAAUCAUCUUGAUCCAGGUAAUGGAUUACUUUCAGAGACUAGUGCUCUCCAUCCUCAAUGUCAUUCGGACAUGAAUUAUGAUACAUUACAAAAUACAAAAUAA